AUGAGAGACGACGACCCGGAGUGCGCCUUCGCCGUUCGCAUCGUCAAGCUGGAGCCGGCGCGCACGCCUCCGGUCCAAGGCCUCGACCCGACUCACAGCCCGCUGACCGGCAGGAAGAUCCGGCACGCGCCGGUCAUGCGCGUCUUCGGUUCCACGCCGCGCGGGCAGACGGCGUGCGUGCACAUGCACGAGGCGUUCCCGCACCUGCUCGUGCCCGGCCCUCACUGGCUGGCGUCGGCUCCGGAGGAGCGGGUGGCGGCGUUUCGCCGGAGGGCGCGCCCUUUUUUGCGUGUCGUGCUGGUCGAGACGCAAGCCAGGGGCGUGGACCAGGUCGUCGAGGCGGCCGACCUCUUUCUCCUCGGCCUCGUGCCGCCGCUGCAGCGGGCGCAGCCGCCGCCGCAUCGGUCGACCUCAACCUGCACGGCAUGGACUUGCUCCGGCUGGGAGGGGGAGACGCAUGGCUUGUGCGUGCGGUACCUCGCGCCGCGGCUGACCUCUUGCGAGCUCGAGCUAGACGCGGCACCGGCGCAGGUGCUCAACGCGCGAGACGUGCUGCACGAGCCCCUCUCGUCCGCCCGCGCCGACGUGCAGAUGGUCUCCUCCCUCUCCAAUUUGUGGAGGGACGAGCGCGACAGGCGGGCAGCACUCGGGCUUGCCCCGCUGCGCGGCCCCAACGGGACUCCCGAGGGAGGCACGCCGGCGGCCGAGGCGUCGCUGCGAUGUGCUCUUCCUCCCGCACGCAGCGGUGCGGUGCUCGAGCAGAUCCUCGCCGCCACCGAGGCGGACGAGGAGGAGGGAGCGGCGGGCAACGACGACGGCGGCGGGGGGUCCGGGGACGGCUAG